GAAAUCACUUUAUUGUCCUCUGCAAAUGGCCUAUAAAAUGGGGUUAGGGAGUUUUUAGCAGCUACAACACACAACAGCAAAAACAAUCUAACUCAGCUUCAACAGGCUACCAAUGACAUGAAGACUCUCUUUUUUUUCUUCAUUUUCUGCUCUUUUCUCCUGUAUGGAAACCUCAACCAUGCAAGAAAGGAACCAAGGGAUUAUUGGAAAAGUGUAAUGAAGGAUCAGCCCAUACCAGAAGCAAUCCAGGGCCUUUUACAUCAAGAUGAAGCUUCGGCUAUGGAUUCUGAGAACUUUGUCAAGGAUUUCGAUAGCCGGCAUAGCUUUAUAAUAUACCACAGUAAUCUGAAACACAAAGAAGAAGAAGAUAAGACUUAUGUGAAGGACUUGAAGAAUCAGAAAGAACAUAAAUCUGACAAAAAGAACCAGACAGAAAAACCUUGAAUUAAUGGAGUGGUGGGUUUCAUAUAUAUAUAAAUAUAUGUAUAUGUAACUGGAUGUGAUUUGAGCUCUGUUGUUGGGAUUGUUAAACUUGAAGUUUCCUUUGUUAUUAUUUGAA